UAAAAAAAAAACUAAUUUCUGGGGAGUUUUCCAUUUUGUCCAGUUCUUCUUUCGUUUUGAGAAUACUGCUUUUAGGCAGAAUUGUUAUACUGCACUUACAUGCUCUGAUCAAUGGGGGGAACUCUAGCAAAAAAAUAAAUGUAUGUGUGUCAUGAGAUGCCACUACCAGCAAUAAGAAGGUCUAUUAAGUAUGUUUGCAUAUGUGAAACACCCACAAGGCGGUGAUAGGUCAAGUUCUGGAUCUUAAGAGUAAAGAAAGGCAAGAGCAGUGUGUUAGUAGUACAUGAAAUGUUGGAUGUUUGUGGUUUGUACUCGUAGUCCAUAUAUUUACUGUGCAAGACUUGGAUAGUUACCUUAUUUUAUUAAUGAGCAAAUCUGUCCUGGAUGUACAGUUUGGGUCAUCCUGCAUUUACAUUGUUUUAUUGUAUUUUUAGCUUAAUCUACCAGCAUUUAAUCUCAUUGCAGAUUAAUUUUUCUCCAAAUCUGUUUUGCUAGCUUUUUUCACCCUUACAGACUUGGCAACCGUCAGUCUUUAGAACGACUCCUUUGUGAACUUGAGAAAAAAAAAGGGUGAGUUUGCAUUUUUUGCAUUUUAUUGUUACACAUGUUUUAAAAACAUGCAGUUGAUUCUUGGUUAUUUUAAGGUUACUUUGUGGUUAAGAGUAAUGUGUAGGAGAUGACACAACAAUGAAUGGACAACACAAACAAGGCAACAAACAGUACUACAGUGUAAAACUACAAUGUAAGCCUUGUUAUUUUUCCCCAAGAGCAUUCCUCAGACUCUGAAAGAUGCAAAUGCAGCAGUGAAUUAUAGACUCUGUAUGCUCGCUAGUCUCUAUGACUGAUAAACUAAUUUGUUCUAUCUUCCCCUUUAAAAUGAAUCAUUAACGCAAAUGUGACGACAAUUAAAGUGGGUGGACAUUGACUGCACUUCAACACGUGACCUGUUUCCACUUCUCCACUUCUGCUGAAAGCAGACAGUUGCUGCUUUCUUUGCCAAGAUCUUCAGAGAUAUGUCAACUCAGGGACAGUCCAGUUCUGUUUCUUAAUAAUACCACAACUAAAAUGUCUUGCAAGCAGCAAAGUCAGCAAGAUGAGCCACAUGGAGUUGACCUGGACUGCAUUCAGUUUUCCUGUUCAGUGUGUUUGGAUCUUCUGAAAGAACCCGUCACCAUUUAUUGUGGACACAGUUAUUGUAAAAGCUGCAUUGAGCAUUGCUGGGAUGGAGAGGAGGAGAAGGGUGAAUACAGCUGUCCUCAGUGCAGGGAGACAUUCAGCCAUCGGCCUGUUCUCAGGAGGAACAACAUGCUGGCUGAGGUUGUGAAUAAGCUAAAGAGCACAAAGUCAACAUGUCCUUCUCUGGUCUAUGCCAGCCCAACAGAUGUUGCCUGUGACUUUUGCUGUGGGAUCAGAAUCAAAGCCACCAUGUCAUGUUUGACCUGCUUGGCAUCUUACUGUCCCACUCACCUCGAGCCUCACUACAGUGUUGCUGUGUUGAAGAAGCACGAGCUGGUGGCAGCUACAGUGUCAAUACAGGAGAAAAUGUGCACCAAGCACAGCAAGUUAAAGGAGCUCUACUGUGAGCAAGAUGAGCAGCUUGUUUGCUCUUUGUGCAUAGUGGAUGAGCACAAGGGCCACGGAUGUGUUUCCGCUUCAGCACUCAAGGAUAAGGCAAAGAAUCAGCUGGCUUUAAAUCAAAGGAAAAUCCAGGACAAAGUCGAAAAGAAAGAGAAGAAGCUGAAAGAACUGAGCCAAGCCAAGGAGAGUCUCGAGAGUUCUGCUCUGAUUUCCCUGAACGACUGUGACAAGAUCUUCGAUGAGCUCAUCUCUUCCAUGCAAAGAAAACAGAGUGAGGUGAAGCAGCUGAUUAAAGCCCAAGAAAAAACUGCCACCGCUCAGGUGGAGGACCACCAGUCUCAGUUGAAGGAGGAGAUUACAAAGCUGAAGAGAACAUACGCUGAACUGGAAAAAGCUUCGGAUGCAGAUGACCUCAUAUAUCUGAUGCAGCAUCUCUCCACUUCCUGGGAUUCUCCAGAUGGCUCACCUGGAGCUCCUCCUCAACGCUCCUUUAAAGACAUAAGCAAGUGUUUGUCUGAGCUCAAAGAUAAACUGGAAAUGUCACUGAAAGAAACAUGGCCCAGGAUCUCAGCCACAGGUAACAGUUGGAAAUGUAAAAAGAAAAAAGAAAGCGUUGUGGAUGAGUUGCUUCAUAGAUACCCAGUGCUGUUUUUUUUAAUAACUCCAGUUUGUUUCUUCACAGUUUCAUAUGUUGACUUCUCACUACCUCCAGCCCCCAGCAGCAGAGAAGAGCUUUUACGUUAUGUUUAUCCCCUCACACUGGAUGGGACCUCAAACUAUCAUUAUCUCCACCUGAUAUGCGAGAAUCGCAGGAUGAGGCCUUCACCCGGCCAGGCUUCAGCGCAUCUGGACAGGUUCACUAAAUUUCCCCAGGUGCUGUGCAGAGAGGGUUUGGUAGACCGGUGUUACUGGGAAGUAGAGGGACAUGCUCGCACUCUGUCUGUAGCAGUGGCUUAUAAAAACAUCAGCCGGACAUCAGAUGAGUCACAGUUUGGCAAAAAUGACAAGUCCUGGAGUUUAGAUUGCACAGCAGAUGGCUUUUUAUUCUGUCACAAUAAUGUAGAAACCAAGGUGCCCGGCUCUGGUCUCUGCAAGAUUGGAGUCUUCCUGGAUUAUAAAGCAGGUACUCUGUGUUUUUAUCGUGUCUCUGACCCAAUGAUUCUAAUCCAUCAAGUCCAGACUGCAUUCAUCCAACCUCUUUAUCCUGGGGUUGGGAUAAAUUAUGAAUGGUAUGAUACUGGAGUAUUUGCACAGCUGGUUAAGUUAUGGUAAAUCUUUUCGAAGUGAUAGAGAUGUUAAAUAUUUUAAGACCCCAUCUCUAAAGGAUUUUGUCGUCCAUCGCAAAAGUGUAGCACACAGAAGUGGGAAGUAUAAAAAUACAAAUUCUUCGUUACUAUACUUAAGUAGAAUAUUCAGGUAUCUGUACUUGAGUAGUAGAGAUACCUGUACUUGAGCUUCAACCUUUUUUAAACAAAUAUUUCUAGUGUAAUUUCUAGUCUUAUACUCAGGGAUUAAAGCCGGAACGAGUGCAGGUCCUCGUAAAUUGUGGCUGUGGUACCUCAGCAUAUAGUUAGUGCUACUGAAAAGCAGCAAAUAUAAUGAAAGUAUUUUUUUAAGUGGUAGGUAAUUUCAAAUGCAACAUUUCUAUUAGCUCAACAAGCGUCGGCAAAACACACACAAACUGUUUUAGUUUAGUGUGUUAACCCUAAAGGUUCAGCUGCUGUAUCUCACAGUGUGACAAAGUGGGUUAACAGUUGGAAUACUCAUUACUUGUCUCAUAAGUAUUAACUUUUUACACAUUAAGCACAUUAUUCUCCACACGUUAGUGAUGGCCAUAUGGCACAGAUUCAAGUGGCUCUGCAUAUUUUUGGCUGCCAGAUGGCACCAGAUAGGACUGUGUUGAAAAGCUCCUAGUGUUGAAUCACGUUUUGAUAAAAGCUUCAGUUUUUUUGUUUUGUUUUGUUUUGUUUUAAAUAAAUAAACAAAUAAAUGCCAGUCUAGAGUUUCUGGACUUCAAAGGGGUGAUGAUGUCAUGUCUGAUGUACCCAGGCUAAACCAACAGGUGCAGCAUUAUGUUUUCUUUUGUCUGUUUUCAGGUAACGAAGUGAUUUUUCAAGACUAUCUUUAACUUUAACAGAGCCAUUUAGCUGUAUUUAUUCUAUUCAAUUCAAUUUCAUUUAAAUAGCACCAAAUCACAACAAAAGUCGCCUCAAGGUGCUUUAUAUUGUACAGUAGAUCCUACAAUAAUAGAUACAGAGAAAAACCCAACAAUCAAAUGGCCCCUAUAUGAGCAAGCACUUUUGUGACAGUGGGAAGGAAAAACUCCCUUAUAAACAACUGAAUCAGGUACUGAGCCUGUGAUAUACUGAAUGAAGGUUCAGACGUCACUGAUCAUGUGGCUCUCGCCAAACGAACCAAGCCUCGACACAGUGCUUCUGAAGGAGUGUGUUGUUUUUUUGGACACAUGCGCUUCAACUUCAAAUGGACCAUCACUACUGCAAACCCAAAAUGUCUGCUGAUUCUUCUUAUUUACCCCCUUCUUUGACACUUGAGCCAGACUACUUCCCACACAAGGAGAGAAAAGAGUGUGAGAGAACUUUACUCAGAGAUAGAGAAAGAUGUAACAAAAGAAAGGACAGGAAAGGAAGCCGAGAGCUUAGAUUUAAAUGUAAGGAGUGCUCAUUCAUGCUUGAUAAACUGCAGACUUAAAGAUUACAUGUCAUGUUGUCAUUUGUAAUCAUAUACUGGAUCUGUAUGUGACAUGUGUUUAACCCUAAAAGAUCUUUGGGUUUCCCCACCUGCUGAAUCGCACUUUAACCCUGGACUGUACAAGUUUUGUGAUUAGAUGUGGAGGUAUAAAUCAGCCUCUACAAUGCAGACAACAGAAUCUUUUUGUUUCUUUUACUGCUUGGUUCCCACAUAACAGCUUCACUCUGACCACAUUCAUUAGAAGUACAAUCCAGAUUUAAAUAACAUUUGUAUUCUUGUAUACUAAAGUUGUUUUGUUUUUAUAUUAAUAUAGCACAAGUUUCACAUACAUGUGCUUAAAAACAAAUGGUAAAAAUACUUUUAAGGAGCUAAUUUUUUUUUUACUUGGAGUAAGAGGCUGUUUUUUUCACUUUCACUUUUUACUUAAGUUGACACAUGUAUCUCUGUCUCUAAAGUUUUAACUUUUUAAAGUUAAAGAAAAAAUCUGCACAUAAGCGGCUUCUGUGGGGACCCCUUUCCCUUCUUGAGACAUAUCUCUCUUUUGAUUUUCUUUUUUCUCUUUUGAAUUUGAUUUAAAACAGGAACUAUAUUCUCCUCAUAAUGGUGGCCAGUAAUGAACUGUUCAUGUUCCACCUUCAAUAAAAAUCAAAUGAGCUCACCUUAGGCACAUCUAGGCAACAUUGGGGAGGGAGCUGCUGCUGCUUCGCUCUCUCUGACUGUAUCUGAAAUUAAUAGCCAUACAUCUAUUUGGAUAGACAUAGUGUCACAGCUAUCACUGGCUUGCUGUCUUUAACAGCUGCCGAUAGCUAAACUAUUCUUAAUCUGUUAAUUGUAUUCUGUUCACUUUUCUUUUGAAAAAAAAAAUAUUAUACCUGACUGCUCCCAGUUUGCUUUUUUGUUGGUCAUUUUCAUAUCUAUAAUUUGCCUGAGAACUUGCCUUGAUUGGCAGCUGUAGCCAAUCAAAAUAACUCUAAGAGUGCAUUGAUGAUUUAUCUACAAGGUCACAAAAGAAUCUAGAACAACAUCUAAAGAAUAGCAGGCGUCACAUUUCUUACUGAAGGUCAGGGUUAAUGAUUAAACAACAACAAGGAGAUCAAAUAACCAUCCUCUGUCCUUUUGAACAAUACUUUUUAAAAACACUAACUGGAAAUGCUCUUGGCUUUUACAUAGAAAGUUCCUUCUGAUCAAACCAGUACUGGAGGUGACAUUUUUGUUAUUAUUAUUAUCUUUUUUAUUAUUAUUAAUAAUAACUGUUAUCCUGUGUAUAUAUAUAUAUAUUCUUGAACCAAAAAUACAAACUGGAAUUGGAUGACUUUUGCACUGUAUGCAUUACAUAAUGAAACAGUGAUUCAUCUUUUGAGGAACUGCACCCACACAAAAUCUCCUGGACUGAUAGGAUGACCUUUGGUUCAUGAAAAUGUAUUGCCAUGUCAGUGCAAUGCAGUGUGCAUUUUCCCCCGUUAUGGAAAAUGUCUCAUUCAUACGAUGGCAUUUUCACAACAAGGACUAAAGUUUAGCGCAUUUUUAGUCUUUAUACAAAUAGCAUGAAAGUUAGAUGUAAUCUCAAAGUAAAGGUGUCUCUGGCAUUGCUUGUGCUCUUGGUUUAUGUUAAAUUGGGUAAACUGUCUAUUCUAAAUUCCUGUUUCAAUUGAUUCUCACUUCCUGAUUUUUUUUAACGUAAUUAAAUUUUUGACUUUCUUUGCAGUUUCUCUGUAGGGAACACCUACAUUUUUAAAUAUUAUAAAGGUCUGUCUCUCUUCAAUUGUUAAUUGUACAAAUUUGUCCUGUAAAAAGAUGCUGAUGAACCUGAAAAAAAAUAAUUCUAACAGUCCAGGACAUUCUUGUUUGGGUGCAAUUCCUGAAAGAUGAAUGACUGUUUCACAAUGAAUUUUAUGAAGCGAAUCUAAGAUAAGAUAAGAUAAAAAAAAAUCUGAGGGUGAUCCGAGCAAGCAGGAGGACAGGCAGGUUGCAGACGCUGAUGCUGGAUCGUAACCACUGAGGGGUGAUUGACGGACAGGCGUGGAGCAUCCGUCAGUGCAGGGUUAAACGGUCCUCCAGGUAAUUGUCCAGAAUGGAAAACAGGUGUGCAGGUGAUGGCCCAGCCCGGGGGUGUGGCCACCAGGGCAUCACACACACUCCUCAGACACAGGGCCACGGACCAUGACAGUUCAAUUACAUGUUUUUUAGCUGAGUCUACAUACAAUGCCACAGAUGGGAUACAAUUUGAGAUGCAUCAAAUAAUAUGACUCAGCUGGGACUUAGCUGAAGACUUGGCAUAUCUUAUGGUGUGCAGUUUGUCCUUAAAUAUAAAAAUAUGACACAAUGCCAUUAUUUAACACGUGCUGUUUGCUGAAGCUUCACAAGAAAUGGUUUAAUGGAAGUAUGGCAGUCAAGAAGCUAAACAUAAGGUAAACAGGGAGAAAAAAAAAGUUAUUCCGAAUUACCAACAGUAUCCAAUACCAUCUAGAAAUUAAGAUUGGCAACAACUUAAUUUUUCAACAUGUUGUUGAUCCCAAACAUAUUGUCAAUGCAGUGAAAGCACACCUGGAAAGAAAUAAAACAUGCUGAAAUACUAUUGAACUGCAUAAUUAAUACAAAUUUAGUCUCGGACAUGAGUUUGGUUCAGGGAUGACUGAGCACAUUAAAAAAAUGCAUUCCACUACUAAAGCAAAAGCACAUCAAUGACUCCCUAAAUCGGUUGCUCACAAAUUACAUGGAAGAAAUGGUCACAGCUGUUUCCUGAUCCACAGCUUGAAGGGAAAAAAGGUAUACAACAAAAUUCUAGUGUUUGUCACAGAAGAUGGUACUUGUCUCCGGAAGCGAACAAUAAUUAUAUGUUACUAAAGAAAGAUUAAUAUACAUGAAGAUAACAACAAAUAAAAGUGAAAAUAGUUACAGUGCAAUAGAAACACUUCAUGUUACUAAAGUGAUUUAAUAAUAAAGAAUAACUUUAAAAUUAAUCCUAGAAACAAUAAUGUGAUUCUUUGUCGGAGUUGUGUCUCUGUGUUCAGUCUGUGGAUUUCCUGUUUUAUUUUGAAGGUUCAUGUCUUAUGCCAUUGUUUCCAGUUUCGCUUCCUGUCUCAUUAGGUCUAAUUUCUCCCGGCUGUGUUCCCACCUCUUCCUCAUUCCCUCAUGAUCCUGCCUGUGUCUUUAUAGUGUGUGUCCUCCAGUGUUCAGCGUUGCGUCUUACCCUUAAUGAGCUGUGUGUUUUGCUUCCGUGCUCCCUCGUUUUCAGGUUUUUUUAAUGUUUUGUUAUUAGCCUUAUGUUUUCAGUUUAGGUUUGUUCUUGUGAGUUUAUGUUUGGAGUUUCUGCCACAGCACAAUAAAGCUGCCUCUCUUCGUUCACUGUGAGUCCAGUGUUUGGGUCCUCUUCUCCUGUCUGCGCACAGCACACCAUGACAGCAGCACUAUCAGUCACCGAUUUUCCUCUUCAGUGCUUGUAUCUGAAAUUGUUUAAGCAGCGCAGCAUCAUCUUGAGAAAUCCCUCCGAAAAAUAAGGCUAGACUAGUAUUUUAAAACACCUGCCUUGAAGGUUUUUAAAUUUUUCGGACGUUCGUGAUGAAACUAUUGAAAUUAGGGUCAAACAAUGUUUAUUAAUUCCAACAAAAGAUAUAUGAACCCUCGAUUUUUCCUCUCAAAUAUAUGAUGGUCAGGACGCAAGGGCAAUGGGACAUGUUUUUUCUGCUAUGUGGAAAAUAAAGUGUUAGUAAUGUAAUGUCAAAUGUGCAAAUUAAAGUCCUCAAAAAACAAUUCAACCUAGGGAAAUAUUAGACACACGAGCAGCACAUAAUUCAUAUUUUGGACUAAGAGGAAUCUUUGGUAAGGAUUUGUUCAAUUCAUUUCAAUUUUAUUUAUAUAGCACCAAAUUACAGCAACAGUUGCUUUAUAUUGAUAUCUCAUUUUAGAUUAGGUCCCGAUAUACAUCUACCUUUUUCUUGCUUGUGGUUGUAACAAAUCAUUUUUGACAAGGGCACAAUGACCUUAUGAAAAUGUUGAUUGCACAAGAAAUCAAAGCAGGGUCAACUAUAGCAUUGGACUGCCACAAUGAAGGCCAUGCUGCCAAAAUUUUGUUUCAAUUUUAAAACACUGAGGCAGCUCUUAAUCACAAAGUCAGUAGUGUAUGCAAGAAAAUGUUGUAUAUUUAUGAAUUACAGGCAAGGAAAGAAUACAAAAUGGUUAAUAGCUUCAAUUUUGAUUGAAGCUGGAAACACUGCUAGCUCAUGAGGUCCCAACAAUUCUGAAAAACUGUAGGGUGAUUCAGGUUGGUCAGGUAUUACUCAUGUUAAACUUAAAUAAAAUAAAAAUAAUCAUUCAUUUAUGUUUAUAUUUUAAAUGUUGGCGAGAAACAUGACUA